AUGGCACCUAGACUUCCUCCGCCACCUCAACCCAAUGAACCGGAUACGUCCAACAGCGCUAGGUUGUUGGAAACGGUGAUUGACAGACUUCAACAGCAGAAUACCACCCUUAUGGAACAGAACGCUACACUGAUGCAACAAAAUCAGACAGCUAUGCAGAGUCUGGAAGCCUCUCGAGCCAACUCUGAGGCGACACAGCGGCAGUUGAUGGAAAUAUUGGCUGCAACUAGGGGCGCGGCAGGAGCGUCCUCUUCCAACGCUGCCCCGCCUACUGCUGAAUGGAGUUUAGAAAGCUUUCUCCAACACCAUCCGGCCAAGUUCAGUGGGAAAGGUCUUCCGGACGAAGCGGAUCAGUGGCUCAGGGAUAUGGAGCGAAUUUACAAUGCUAAGAGAUGUCCGGACGACAGCCGUUUGGCAUUUACUGAAUACUUGCUGACUGGUGAAGCAAGUCACUGGUGGACGAGCAUGAAGGCGCUCUUGACGGACGCUCAUAGUCCCGUAAAUUGGGCAGUUUUCAGGACGAAAUUCUACGAAGAGUAUUUCCCGGACAGCGUACGUUAUGCUAAAGAAGUGGAGUUUCUACAAUUGGUGCAAGGGGGAAUAUCGGUAUCCGAAUAUACUAAUAGAUUCAAGCAUUUAGUCCGUUUGAACACCAUGGCUACGAGCGAAGAAUGGCAAUGCAGGAAGUUUGAAAACGGGCUGAGGAGCGACUUGAAGGUAUUGAUAUCCAGCUUGUGCAUUAGAUCAUUCCCUGCUAUGGUUGAAAGGGCUAAGGUGUUAGAGAAGAACGUGGCUGAGGCCGAGCGACAGAAGAAGCAACAGUUGAGCAAGGGGCCGGUGUUAUCAAGGAAUAACUCUACUCCCCGUACGUUCGUCCAGGCCAAUCCUCUGGUGGAUCCCAAGCCUUGGCUACUGUCGGCCAGCCUGGACAGCCAAGGAGUUUAG